AUGGAAUACGAACAUGAAUUUAUGGAGAUAUUCUCAUGGCUACCUGUGAAAUCAAUAUACAAAUUCUCUUCACUUUCCAAACAAUUUAGCCAGAUACCAUUCGAUAAUUUCUUUGUUAAAAUGCAAUGCGAAAAGACGCAGUUGGUUGGCGAUAAAGAUUUCUUUAUUCAACUGGAUACAAAUUCAAGGCCGCCGUACUCCAAAAUUCUAAAGUUUGAUUCAUGCAUUAGAAACUCCAUAGAUGGCUUACAAGUGCCUUACAGUUCUCUUGAAUUUAUUGCAAGAACUGGUAGGGUUCUUGCUUCGAGUAAUGGCCUGGUUUGUUGUCAAAAAUUCAUCGACGACAUAAACCCAUUAUUUAUAUGCAAUCCAGCAACCCAGUAUUGGUUGGAAAUAUCCUACCCAGAUGGUUUCAACUCUGAAAGAGACUUAAGAAUAAUUUUUGAAUGCAAUAAUGUUGAUAAGAUUACUGAUGAUUUCAUGUUAAUGUCAAUAAUGUGGCCAUCUCAUUGGGGUUCUGACCCCCUCUGCAAAAUCUACUCACCCAGAGAAAAAAUUUGGAAAGAUGGAGGGAGAAUAAAGAUUGGCAGAGGCCGAAAUCUUUGUCACAAAACAGCAUUGUGUCAGAAUGGAGUGGUCUAUCUAAUUUCCGACACCGGUCGAUAUUUUCGAGAAGGCCCAUUCUUUUGGCCAUAUAUUGUGGCUUAUGAUGUCGAGAACUGUGUUACAAAGUUCUUGAAAUUGCCUGAAAAUUCAAGAAGAGGUAUUCAUGAUCGAGGUUGCAGAAUAAGUAUUUUUAAGUGGGGAAAUUCAGGAAAUUCUGUGCAGUCUAUAUGUUUAGUCAAAUUGAACAAGAAUGUGUUUAGCAUCUGGGUGCUAUGUGAUGAAGAAAAAAAUUCAUGGCAUCAGGUUUUUGAGAUGCGCGUAGAAGACAUGGGAUUGGAGGGGUCCGAUAUAGUGGUGGCCGGUUUUACUGUUCUGAACGGAAAAUUUCUGCUCAUUGCAACGGAUUUACUGGUUUAUCAGUACAAUUUGUCGAGUGAGAGCAGUGGAAAAGUCGAGAAAAUUUGUGGGCAUGCAUGCGGGGGAUACGUAUUUUUCCAUUCCUUUUCGAGUACCCUUCGUUCAUGUGGAGAUGGUGCAAAAAAAUUAUCUGCACGUUAG